AAAAAGCUAGCGAAAAAUAAACAUUACUUUACAAAUGUCAUUUGUGUAAGCUGUGAUAAUUGCCACAUCUGUAAUAACCGUAAAUUUCAAAAGCAUCCAGACCACUUUAUAAGGUGGGGUAUUCGAGGUACUCGUGAUUCCAUCGUCGUGUGCUGUUGAAAACCAACAACCGCGUCCGUCAACGUCAGUGAAAAUUUGCCAAAAUAGAAACAAUUCAAAUAGCUUAAAAUCAGCGAGCGAUGGGCACACGCCUUCGAAAUUUUUAAAUCACUUAAUAUGCGCAACUGGCAUUCAAUCACUCAGAUAUGCGACUAUACAAAAAAGAUACCCAAACAACCAAACAACCCGGCUUCCAGAAUGAAAUUGCUUCCACAAUUUGUGCUUCCACCCCGGCUCCACCUCUGCACUAAUUUUUUUUAUGAGCGGGCUCCGCUGAAUGAUUUUGUCAAAAUGAUAGUUUUGCUUUUCUUGGUCGGAACACCCGCUGUUCACGAUGGUAUCCACAGUUCUAAGCUUACACUUCUGGCGAGUGGUCGCGUAGAAAAAAAACAGUCGCCAAUCACCAAGUCGAUAAUAAAUAUAAUAAAUCAACGUGCCCGGCGGAGUCAAGUCAAUAUUUGGAUUGUGAACUCAUUAGCCAAGGACAGGACUCACAACUAAAUCGGACAGGCACUAAAAGUCCUUUCGCACAAUGGAACGAUUGCUCAUACUUGUAAUGCUCCUGACUUCUCAACUUCAGAUCCAGGCACAAACUGCACUAAGCUAUGAACAAGCACGGCAAGCUGUUCUCACGGCGGAGGAGGAGCUGAUGACUGGUGGACACACCUACCUGAACACCCAGGAGGCCAAGGUGGACGAUAUAUUCAUGGAGUACAAGCUCGGAGAGUUGGCCCAAGGAUUUCGAAACGCGGAUCAGAAUGCGGCAGCUCUGCAUUUUUUCAAGGCAAAGCCGCUGAUCGAUCGGAGUGCGAUCUUCCGGUUUCUACAGAAGAUGCCCAAGGGCUCGGUGCUCCACCUGCACAACACCGCAUCCGUGAGCUCCAAGUGGGUGGUGGACGACUUGUCGUACAUGCCCGGACUGCUGCGCUGCACGACGGCUACAGGACGAAGUGUCCUCACAUUCCGCAGGACUCCUAAGGAGCACGAAUGCCAAUCGCAAUACGUGCGUGUUGCCGAUGAGCGGCGGAACUCGUUGGAUCGCCAGAUCUACGAUCGGAAUUUCGAACGCCUGAUCAAUUUGUACACACCAGUUCCAGAGCUGGAGUACCCCACAAUUACCCAGGUUUGGGAUCGGUUCCAGGACAUGUUUGACUCCCUGAGCGAUGCCCUAACCUAUUUGCCAGCCUUUCGAGCUUAUCACUGGCAGAUGCUCGAGGAGCUUUACAAUGACAAUGUGAUGUACGCAGAGAUUCGGACUAGUUGCAAAAUGCUCUAUGACGCCAGUGGACGCACUUUUUCCAGAGAGCGUACUAUUCGCGAGCUCUAUGACAUUAACGAGAAGUUUGUGAAGCUGCAUCCAGAUUUUCUGGGCAUCAAAGUCAUUCUCGCCGUCUAUCGCGGAUAUGAACUGGAUCGGAUGAAGGAUAUGGUUGAGGAAUUUAGGCAGUUGCACCAAGCAUUGCCCAACUUUCUGGUUGGAUUCGAUUUGGUGGGUCAAGAGGACAAGGGAAAACCACUUUUUUCCUUACUGCCUGCCCUAAGAGAUCUUCCGCCAACAUCUCGGCUUUUCCUACAUGGCGGGGAGACCAAUUGGUUUGGCGCCUCAACGGAUAUCAAUCUGCUGGAUGCCCUGUUGCUGAACACCACUCGCAUUGGUCAUGGUUAUGCUCUGGCCAAGCAUCCGAUCCUCCUGAAUGCCGUGAAGUCGCGCCGCAUCGCCGUGGAGAUUAGUCCCAUUUCAAAUCAGGUGCUGCAUCUGGUUUGGGACCUGCGCAACCAUCCGGGUGCCCAGUAUCUUGCCCUUGAUGUACCCGUGGUGAUAUGCAACGAUGAUCCUGGCUUUUGGAAUGCCAAGGGCCUGAGCUACGACUUCUACUAUGCCAUCAUGAGCCUGGCGCCCAACAAUGCUGGGCUAAGGGUCCUCAAGACUCUGGUGUGGAAUUCGGUGCGCUACUCCACGCUGACGGAGGAGGAACAGACGAAAGCUUUCAAAAUACUCGAACUCAGCUGGUCGCGAUUCAUAGACAAGGUGCUGAAUGGCAGUGUAUUUUAAAUGAACUUAUUAAGGAAAUAAACAGCCAAAGAGUUUAUAAAUCAUUAGUAAA